AUGUGCACACGCAACGUCAUCGAGUAUCGGUGCAAGCACCAGGUCUCCAGGGGCAACACGCGCUGCUACAACGACAACUGCCCGGGCCCGCGAAUCGACAUCACCACCGACGCCGAGGACUGCCCGCAGUGCGAGGGCAGUAAGAGGAUACACUCUGCGCGGUGGUGUCCCAUGGGCUGCUCGUGCAAGUGCGUCGUCAUGUAA